CAGUUCCGUUAUGUCUGCUGUCGGAGUAGGUGAUGCGUCGUCAGCGAUUUUCUGUUAGUUAUUUACAAAAUAGUUUGGCUUUGACGGUUUAAAAGGCUAUUUUAUGUAAGAAGUGAUGACUAGAGUUGUGAAUAUAUGUGUUAGUUGCAACGAAAGUGCUGUGGGAUAAUUGUUUUGGUGUAGUGUUAUCUCAAGUUUUGAUAGGAUUCUACGCUGACAUAUGUGCUGAAAGCCUCUCUUCCACUUUCAAACAGCUAUGUCUAGUUCGACGACGGUAAUGGCAAGUCCUGCCGCCGUGUUUGCCCCGAGCAAUGCCACCCCUACCGCUCCUGCCCCAUCCACUGCCCCCUGGAGCUCUAUGCCGCCCCAUGCCGAGCCCAUCUUCCUGCAGACCAAGCUGGCCCAGGGCAUCGCUGGGGCCUUUGUCUGGGUAGCAUUGUUCCUCACUUGCCAACAGAUCUACAGACACCUGCGGUGGUACACCAACCCGUCAGAGCAGAGAUGGAUCAUCAGGAUACUGUUCAUCGUGCCCAUAUAUGGUCUCCACUCUUGGGUCAGCCUGCUGUUCUUCAACAGCGAGAACUACUACGUUUACUUCUUCACCAUCAGAGAUUGCUACGAGGCGUUUGUGAUAUACAACUUCCUCAGCCUGUGCUACGAGUACCUUGGUGGCGAAGGUAACAUCAUGAGCGAAAUACGUGGAAAGCCUAUCAGGUCUAACUGCGUGUAUGGGACAUGCUGUUUGGUUGGCAAGACUUACACCAUCGGGUUCCUGCGGUUCUGCAAACAGGCCACCCUGCAGUUCUGCCUGGUCAAGCCUGUCAUGGCCUUCGUCAUCAUUGUGCUACAGUCCUUCGGUCAUUACCAUGACGGUGAUUGGAGCUUGGACGGUGGCUACCUGUACGUCACGAUCAUUUACAACUUCUCAGUGAGCUUGGCGCUGUACGGACUCUACCUCUUCUACUUUGCUACUAAGGACCUCCUGACACCGUUCGAGCCUGUCCUCAAGUUCUGUACCAUCAAGUCCGUCAUCUUCCUCUCCUUUUGGCAAGGUGUGCUGCUGGCUGUACUGGAAAAGGCUGAAAUCAUCGAGCCUGUGGUGGACAGCUAUGGUACCCGUACCAGCGCCGGUACCGUCUCCGCAGGCUACCAGAACUUCCUCAUCUGCAUCGAGAUGCUGUUCGCUGCACUGGCCCUCCGUGCCGCAUUCCCGUAUCGCGUGUACGCUGCAGGGUGCAUCACGGACGCCUCUGGUCGCAGCGUUACGAUGCAGAGCAUCUCCUCUAGCCUCAAGGAAACAAUGAAUCCUAAAGACAUAAUGACGGACGCCAUCCACAACUUCCACCCACAGUACCAGCAGUAUACACAGUAUAGCUCUGUUACAGGAGGCAGUCACUCUCAGCGAGGUGUGAGGGUGGGCAGCUAUGACCCUGAUGAUCCUCCCGCCCCACCAGCCCGCCCUCCUGCCCUGCCCCACCAGCGGGUAGCCACCAUCAGUACCAACUACAAUGAGAAAACCAUGCUGCUCAGUUCUGACGAUGAGUUUCAAUAGUUCGCUGCUUGUCUCUGGCACCAGGCAUCAUUGUCAUACGCUACUCUCUCAUUAAGUCAAAUUUUUGAUACUAUUAAACAUUUGUUUUGAUUCCAAAGUUUUGCGGCUUAACCACUUCUAGCAGGCAAUUUGGAGUCUUAGGAAGAGUUUAGUUUGAGCACCACUGAUAUCACAUGGCUAAAAUAAAAUAAUAACAAUUAGGAUGGUCCUUACGGCUCAGUCAGAAGAGUAGGUACGUUUUGUAAUAUUAAUAAAAAAACUGAAAUAUUAAUAAUUUAUUCAAAUGAAAUUUACAUGUACUCAGUAUCUCAUAAACCUUUUGAGAUACAAAAAAUAUAUAUUAUUAAAGAAGUGUUAUAAGCAUUCCUGGCACUUUUUGUUUUUUCUCUAGGCUCAUAAAUAACGGAGUUGUGAAUCUUUUCAAAGUCUAAACCGCCACCAUAUUGAAUCAAAAUGGCGUACCAAGCUAGUCAACGAACUUAUAACAUAAGGUCCAUUAUAUAGCAUCAAUAUAUAUAUAUACAUUUAGAACGGCGAGGGGGGAUGUUUUUGGAGUCAUGUUCAGUGAAAUUAUGCAGACAUUUUCGUUAAAUGCUACCGUGAGAAUAACUACUGCAAAUAGGCUGAUCUACCUAAUAAUCUCAAAAGUACAGAAGAGUCAUUUGAAACUUAACUUGUACAAGUUUAAAAAUGCAAUCCUGCCUUGUUUGAUACUGAAUAUAAUAUCCGACUCUUUCAAAUGAUUAAAUUAUAAUUAAUUUAAAAAAUUGUGGUAAUAGGUUUUAAUAAUUCCAUUUUUACUAAUGAAAAUGAACUGAUAGAACAGAAUGUUGAAGAACCUAACAGAACAUAACGAAAGUCUUGCCAAGCUAUCCCACAAAGUAACUGUAUCACAUCUGUUACUGUCACCAUAACAUGUAAUGUGGCUGUACACGGUCUGAUUAUAAACUUGUUUGUUAUUUGUUUUGCUAUUGACAGCAUGAUUGACCAAAGACUAAUGAGAAGUGUUAGAGUAAUAUUUUUACCUUUUUAUUAAGCCUUUUGAACCCAAAAGUAAACAGAGUUCUUCCUUAGAUGAAUGCGAUCAUAUGUAGCCUACCAAGUUUGAAGUCUCUACGACCUUUCUAUGAAGGACCAUCUAUCACCUAUCACACAGAUGGAUAGACAAAGACAUGAUUUUAAGAAUGCCCUUAGGAGUUUUAUUGUUUUGGCUGGAUUAUUUUGGCAGGAUUUUCUUUCAUGUUUUGUACAAGCGGUCUAAUUGAAGUCAGUCGUGGUGAUGCUAUAUAUUUUGGGUGUGUGUGCUGUCACACAUUCUCUGACUUGAGGCCUUUUUUUACUUAUGACAAGAAGCUGAUGAAAACAUUCAUUGCGCUUAGUCCUGAAAGGACUCUGCGCUUGUUUUCAGAAUAGGAUUUUCAGGAUGGGUAAAGUUGGUUUCAACUUCUCAAGAUUUAUAGUACUAUGGAUUGUAGUAAAGUUUCAUUUUAUAACGUAUCCGUAUCAAUAUGAAAUUGAUAAAUGGCAAUAACAAAUUUCGAUUCCGAUUUUAUUAGUAUUAUCACGGUGCAGUAAUUGAAGGACAAUGUAAGAAAAUUUAUUUGAGUAAGCAGGGGAGAAAACAUGUACUCAUGCGCAACAAUUAUGCACAAUAUCUCAUUUACUUGUACUUUUUAUGCUUUAUAGUUCCAAGAAUUCUAUUAUUGGGGGAUUCUAUGUGGUUUUCUAGUAAAACAAAAAUAACUAAACAGUGUAACCAAAGUAAUUAAUAUUCUAUUUUAUGUUAGAUGUACAGAAAAUUAAACUUAAAAAUACGAACACAUUGAAAUAGGACAAAUUUAUGCAUAUUGUUUAAAAUAUUUAAUCUGUAGCUUGGUUUGAACACUUUCCGCUACUGCCAUGUUGCCUGGUGCCAUAUUUAGGUGUCUAACUAUAAUAAUUAUCAACAGCUGAUCGUUGUAUACUAUUGCAAAGGUUUAUUUUUAAUACUGCUUCAAGAUUAAGUUAAUAUAUUAACAUUAUUUCGUUAAACAUAAGGAGGCAUCAGUGAAACAGUUGAGCUGACCUAUUGAUAUUAUUAACAAUUUUCAUGCAAUUCAUGUUUUACAUCAAUCAUUUUUAUAACCGUUCUUGUAAAUUGAAAAUUAGUUUUGAUUUUUUUAUGGGGAUUUUACUAAACUGGAACGCUACCAAGUUAUUUACUCAUUAAUAAUAAAAAAUUAAUUUUAUUAUAACAAUAAGAAUAAUGGUUGUUUUUCAAUAUUUUAAUAAGUACUUAUUUAAGCAUACUAUUAAAUUACAUACAUAUAUUAAAUUGUCAAGUUCGAUAAAUGCAACAGAAAUACUUUUAAACCCUUUUAGUUUGGGGAUAAACUAAUAAAUGCCACUUACUUACAUCACUGUACAAAGUAGUUAUCACUUUUCUCAAAUAAAUAGUUAAUUUAUACGUUAAAAAUACCUAUGUAAAAAUUUGUUACAUUACUUAUUAAUACUAACUAUGUGUAUACUUAAAAACUAAUAUUGAUUAGUUAUAAUUGAUUAAAGUGCUUCUCAGGAGAGAUGUUAAUGAGAAUGAAGCUUUACAAAGACUUAAUGAAGUACUCUGAUUGUAUGUUAUCUUUGUAUAUUUAUUUAUUUGUGUUAUAAAAUUACAUAAUAUAUUUGUAAGAUCUGCCAAAGAUAUAGAUUAAUUAUUAAUCUAGUGUACUUAUCUCUUAUUUUGUAUGUAGUGGUUUCUGUGGCCAUCGAAUAUAUACAUUUUUUAUUACAGUAAUAUUUAAUUCACAUCCGUGUUAAAAUUCUUUUCUUUUAAGAUUUCAUUUUUAUUUUGUAUACUUGUACAACUGAACCAUGAAAAGUUUGAACAAUGUCCCAACUUAGAUUUAGAAAUUGUAAUAUUUAAGAAAAUAAAGGUGAGCAGUUUAUCAUUAUCGCUAUGUAAAUAAAUUAUUUUAAGUUUAAUUUCAAAGUGGACAUGUUUAUUGAAAUAAUAAUCAAUAACAAUGUAUUUAAUUUUUUACAAUAGAAGUGCUGUACAUUUUUACUAGUUUUAAAUUGUGAAUCAGCCUUUUAUUUAUUUGAAACUGUGAACAUUCCUUGUCACAUUCAAAAAAAGCUUAUUCCUGAACUGAUUUGUGGUUAAUGUUAAGUAACUGACUAGGGAAUUCACUCAAUCAUUUUUCUUUAAUAUUAGGCUGUGAUAUAUUCAAUGACUGAUACAAAUUAAGACACAUUCCAAAGUAAAUUUUUAAUUUAACACUAAUCUGAUUGCCCAUUCAUCACUAGGUUUCGCGAUUAUGUAAAAGUACUUAAUAUUUAUUCGUAAACAUCAGCUUAAUUCGAGAUAAAUUUAAAAUUAGAACUGAUGCUAAAGAAACCACUACCACAUGGAGAAUUAUUUUACUAGCAAAUGACAAACGUUUGGAUGUUUGUCAUUUUGCGUUUUUACAAUCACUUGUGUUUGUUGUUUUCUUGGUUCUGUGAUAUUUUAUAUUUAUACUUGUGUUGUUUUUUACAUCUAGCCACUACUCCACAUUGUAGGUAAAUGGUUAUGCCCUGUAAAUGUCUCAGAUGAUUGUGUUUCGAGCUGAUACGGCUGUUUGAGCUAACUAAUUGAUGUUUUCUCUCGGUUCCACUUUCAUCCACGACAGCUUUCAGCUCAGCACUAGAUAUUUUGAAUAAUAAAAUAUGUAUUAAUUUUG